UCUUUGAUGCGGAGCUGAUCUGAAGGUUGCAGUCUGCAUAUCGACUCCAUGCUUACCUCAGUUUGUUUUUAUUCUGAAGUUCGCUCCCUCAUUUUGCAAUAACCCACAGGGUGCUCUGGGUGUUGCGCCAGCUGUGCCUCAAUGAAGGAUCUUCAUUCAGCACCUUUCCCUUCCCAUCACACCAGUCAAUGUGACUCCUGCGUUUUCCAGCAGCAUUUGCUCCGCAGUCCAGACUUUAGUCGAGCCUUGGUUGGCAGUCAGAGAGGCUACCAGACCUACCGAGACUUACCAUGGGACCUUCAAAAAAUUCAACAGCCAACAAUCAGAGAAAGACAUCUUGAGCCCUGGAAAAUUGCUCUAAUUGUUAUUGGAACAGCAGUGGCAGCAGCUAUCACCAUUGGUCUCCUAGUUUAUUUCCUGGCAUAUGAUCAGAAGCUCUUCUAUUACAGUGCCGAUGUAAAAAUCACCAACAUCCACUACGGUAAUGAAUUUUCCAGGCAGUCCUCAGGAAGGUUUAGAGACCUGAGUGAGAGGGUUGAGAGACUGAUUGACAAGACAUUUCACAAUUCCAUUUUAAGGAAAAAAUACAUCCGUUCACGCUUAAUCAGAGUGAGCCCAGAUGCGGAUGGUGUGAUGGCAGAGGCUUUGCUCACAUUUUGGUUCUCCUCCACUGAUUCCAGAGAAGCAUUGCGAGAAAAAGUUGAAAGGAUCUUACGGACGGGCCUGAAAAAAUACACUGGCCCCCUGCGAAUAAAUGUCAGAUAUUCUACCAUCUCAAAUGUGGAGCCAAAAAGAGCAGAAGCCCUCUUCAAUGACAUCUGUGGGUUACGGCAGAACAGAUCAGUCAAGUCAAUGGCAAAAUCGUCAUCAUUGCGAAUAGUUGGAGGAUUGUCUACUGCAGAGACUGGCGACUGGCCGUGGCAAGCUAGUUUACAGUACAACAAUAUCCAUCGCUGCGGUGCAACGCUCAUCAGCAAUACAUGGCUUGUAUCUGCAGCUCACUGCUUCAGAGACAUGAGUCACCCUCAGAAGUGGACUGCUACUUUUGGAGCACUUCUGAAGCCACCAGCCUUGAAACGAUCAGUCAAGACUAUUAUCAUCCACGAGAAGUACCGCUACCCACAGCACGAUUAUGACAUUGCACUUGUGCAGCUCACGAAACAAGUUGAGUUUACGAGUAGCAUACACCGUGUUUGUCUGCCUGAGCCAUCUCAGACUUUUCCGUACAAUAUUUAUGCUGUCAUCACAGGCUGGGGAGCACUUACCAACGACGGUCCGACUCCAAAUGUUCUCCAGGAAGCAACAGUGAAACUUAUAGACUCAGACACUUGCAACAGAGAAGAAGUGUAUGAUGGGGACAUAACACCUAGGAUGUUGUGUGCUGGAUACUUGGAAGGAGGAGUAGAUGCUUGUCAGGGGGACUCUGGGGGACCACUGGCUACUCCAGACUCCAGAAUGAUGUGGUACCUUGUGGGAAUAGUGAGCUGGGGAGACGACUGUGCCAAACCAAAUAAACCUGGAGUUUACACACGAGUAACUUAUUUCCGUGAGUGGAUUACCUCAAAAACUGGCAUCUGAUUCCAAAAUCAGAAAAGGGAUUUAACUACAUAGAUUAUGUGUAACUCCCAUUUGUCUGUAAUCCUGAAAGGUUAUUUUUUUUAGUAUAUAUAUUCCUAUGUAGGUUGAAGCAACCUUCGCCUGCAGCAAGUGCUAUCUUUGCUGUCAGAGAUCCUAACUCCUUGUGAAUUUAUAUUAAACAUAUGAGAUUGCCUGCCUCAUUUUGAGUCUCAAAACAUUCUCACAAGAAAUUACGAACUGAUGUCAUUAGGCUAACAUUUGAAAGCUACCAAUUUACCUGCUUUGUAAAUACAAAUAUUUUCCAGGAAAAAAAAAUAAUUCUUCAGCCACAGCUGAGGUCUGAAGCUGAGCAUUCUUCCUGCAUUGAAGCAAAUGUUGUCACAGCUGUGUUUCUAGCAUAAUGAACCCUUAAUUUUAAUUCUUGUUAGAGACUAUGAUCUGCACAGACUGCAGCAGAGACCCUGGAUGCUCACCCUGCUCGGUGGCCUUGAUGACAGUCAACAGUGGAUCAGCUAGGACUGAGCGUAUCCCCUAGCUAAAGAAGGGGAGAAUUUUUGUGCUUGCAGUAAGUCAGAAGGCACAAUAUAAAAGCUUGAUGUUUUUUUGAAGCACAUUUUUAACAGAAAAUUUUUGGUGGACUCUGGGAGGUCCAAGUUACUCGAAGGUGCUGUUGUUGAAGCGCCUUAUCACAAUGCUGUGCUGCUACCUCUGUGCCAGCUGCUUUCUGGACCUACUCUGUUCAACUCAGAACAUGCUUUAAGAUCCAGAGACACAAGUUCUACCAAAUUUGUUUGUAAUAAGUGUGUCCCCAUGAACAACCUCACUGGAAGGAAACAUGGCAUUUACAUUUGUGCUAAAGGAAAAAUAAACAUUCACUGCAAAUAAACUGAAGAAAUAGUGUGCUUUUCCAAGGGCAUGCCAGCCAGAUGAAACCAUCUUGCUGCAGAGAAAGCAAAUAGUGAUAAACUGCCUUGCUUCACUGAUGAAUUAAUCUCUACCAUGAGUGAAUAUGCUCCUGUCUUAUGAGGCUGAAGAGUAAUUUCACAUUAAAAAAGUCAACAUAGGUACUUCAGAGUAAAUGGAAUCCUUAUACAUGGAUUAAGCACUUUUCCUACCUCCAAGUGUGAUGUUCCAUGGAUUGCUGGUGAUGUCACUAUCGCUGUCCCAUAGAGCCCAUGCCUCUGAUAUGAUGUUUCAAAGUGUCCCUCCAGAACUGUCUCUGGCAGUCCCUGGCCACCAGGCUGCUUCAGCUGCAAGUGCAGGACUCACAGGAGCCCAUAUGAGACACAAAAGAAGCUGCAAGCCCCACAGCUGAACCCACGACAGCUGAAAAUCUCUCCAAAGUGUUCUGCCUUCCCUUCUGCUUCGGAUUUGGGUCUCUGUUCAGCCUCCCUACUGUGCCAGCUCUCCAACCAUCAGCAUCCCUGGGAACAAGAUGCUCAGCAUUUCUUGAAAAAUUACCCCCUGAAUCCAAAGCCUAUAUAAGGAUGGAAAAGCCUGUGCUGAAGUCUCAGUGGUGAAGGAGGAGGUUGUCAUAUUACACGCAGAAUCACAGAAUGUGCUCCUUCCAGUCUUUCUAUCUAUCUUUUGAAUUUUGGUAAAAGACAAGUUGCCUUAUCUCAGAAAGAAAUUAUCAAAGGUUUUAGUUUAGUUUUUGUUUUGAUAUAGUAGUAUGUUUAUUCUGAUUUUCCAUGUCCAUUAAAAAAUUAAGAAAGGAUCUUGGGACAGUUAGGAGGAUAGUUAGAUGCAGCAAAUCUGUUUCCUUAAUUUAUUGUUGAAGUUUUUAAUUUAUGCACUUUUGAGUUGCUGCUGUUUUUCAACUAAGAACUUACUCUGGGUCAUGUUCAGUUACAAAAUAGAAACUUAAUAGAGAUUUGGAUUAGGUCACCUAGAAACACUGGUGUCUUCUAGUGUUCAGGUCCCCCUUUCUUGAAAGCAUCCUUUGGGGUGAAAAAAAAGAAUACAUCUAGUUUUUGUGCUUCAUAUUGCUGCAAAGGUGAAAAUCAUGACAAGUGUCUGUCGUCAUAAUCAACUGAUGAAUUGCAAUUGAAAGAGAAUAGCAGUUUGCUUUCAUAGAUAGCUGAGGCUGUGUUUUGCACUUAAAUCUGUUUUUUUGCCUACAAAAUGGAGGGGCAGCAAUAAAGGGGUGAAGGCCAAACUAGAUACAACCCCUAUAUACUGGUUCCUACCUCACACUGCAAGUGACUUGUAUAUAUAAUACCUUUAAAAUGAGAAAGGGGGCCUUUAUUUCAGAUUUUCUCGUGAGAAGCCAAACAGCCACAAGGCAUGUGGGAGAAUGUCUACCUUACUCAGGGAGUCCUGAGCCAGCCAGAUGCACUUUUCUUCACAAAUUUUUUAGCAAACUGUCUGGCCUGGGUUUGUCUUACACUCCAUGUCAGUGUUUUAUUUAUGAAGACUCUGUUUUUCUGCCCUAGAAUAAAACAAAGAAAAUAUUGUGUGAUUAAAGAUUUUUAAAAACCUUUUAUUAUUGUGGGUGUUAAGAUUUAGCAAGGAUUCAAACAAUAUAAAGGGAAUAUGUUUCAUAACAUUAAAUGUAUUUAAAAACAA